AUGUUUACUCUUCGAUUCUUUUACCGGACCGAUGUAGGGACCCAUCUUGAGUCGCUACAGGAGGAAGUCCUUGCCGUCAGGGUCCCCUGGACGAGAAAAGAACGGUUCCGAGAUGCCCCAAGGCUGUUGAAGUCGAUGUUUUAUUCUUGGAAUUCAGGGUACACAAACGUAUCCAAUUUUCACGGGGCAGGAAGGGGGGCAGGAUAUCUUUACUCCAUGUUAAUGCACUCGAUCAUCCAUUCGAGCUGUCUGGCUGGUUAUGUGAAAUUGAGGCUGUCGUCGGUGGUUGGAGUAGCAGGCAUUGUGGUGAUCCGCGUUCUAGUACCUGGUGGGUUGCGGCGGUUUGUCCCCAAAAUUAACAAAAAGAAAAAAAAGUCAGAACCCCCCCACUAG